AUGCGCGCGUUUCAGGACACACCCGUCGACAACUCCAACCCUCGUGUUCUGUACUCUGGCGGACCUCUUCUGGAUUCAGGAACACCGGAAAUGUCACAGGCAUUUGGAGUGGUGGACCUCACUCAGGACAACCCUCUGACGGUACAAGGACGAACGGAUGGUCACGCGUCCUCGGCCAAGGCCGAGCUCAUGGGUUUAUUAGCCGCAGUCUUGUCAGCACCUCCGGAACAGGACAUUGUGGUCAAACUGGACAAUCAGUCAGUGGUGGAACAGUAUAACCGUUUGGUGAAGAAUCGUCGGUACACCUUUACCGAGGAAGCGAUUCAGGAAUACAUAUGCGAGUAUCUUGGCGGUGCUUUGGCAGGUUAUGGAAUCUCGGCCAGGCGGGGUCGAGGCGGUAAACGUGUCAAGAGGGUGAUCUCAGACAUCGACGACGUGGAAUGGACCUCGGCCUUGGCUUAUGUCCACGACAGGCACGCAGUCUUCACCUUUUACAGCACCAGUAAGAACUCCCAUCAAUGGAUACAUCACAUCAAAAAGCUGCAUGGAAUUCUGCCCACUCUGAACUCCAUGCAGGCUCGCAAGCCCAACCUGUACCCAACAUGCGUAUGCCGACGAUGCGAGCUCGAGAAGGAGGAUAACGAUCAUGUCUGGAAAUGCCCCUUGGCAGCCGAGACCACCACUGAGAUCUGGAAGGAGGCCAUGGGCAAGAUUAACGAGUGGGGUGUGCAGGCGACAAACAGCUACAAUGCAGCCAGGAAGCGGUAA